GGCUCGAGGUGUGGACCAGCCACGCAUUUUUAUACCGGGCUAUAUGGACGUCUGCUUUUAUAUUCGUCUGUCUUUUAUACCGUGUGCAUUUUAACAUGCAAGUCGCAUAUAUUGGAUAACGGUGCACGGAUAGAAGGCAAGAGCUCUACGGCACUGAAAGUUUCCAGGUAGGGCUGGCUGGCUGCAGUGGGACCUGUGUUUAAGGCAUUCUGCUGGAGUAGAGAGAGCGAGUGCUGGACUGGAUGCCCUGCAGUGGAUUAAUAUUAUCCAGGUGUGGGAGGGAGCUAGGGUGGCCUGUCCUGAGUUCACUGUGCUGCAACACCUGACUGACAGAACAGAGGGGACACUGGGUAGGAGGAUCCUACAUCUAUCUGUGGAACACUGCCAACUCUGCAGAACCUCAGAAUCUCGGAGUCUAGGGACACACCCCAUCAACCCCAUCAAGGGCUCUAGGUCACCCUGUCUUGAAACAGUGCUACUCAGGACGACGAACAGACCCACUGUCUGGUUUCUCCUCCUCGGUAAAUGGUGCAGUUUCUCACCAUGACUCGGAUGGGAUCACCCCAAUGCUGAUUCUUUACUAUUCUCUUCAACUCAAGGGCUCCUAGACUUUUGGGUGAACACGAAAGUACUAGUCCUCGCUAAGGCAUUGGAUUUAAGUUUGCAAAGUAAAACAGAGGACUUGAAUCAGUGACGCAGCAGACCUCAGUUGAAGCCUGAGGGACUAUCGAUGAGCCUGUGACUGUCGCCAUGACAGCCAAUGACAGCAGCUUCCAGUACCUCGCACUCUUCGAGUACAAACGGGAGCAUGGUGAUGACAUCAGCCUCCAGCCAGGGGACAUCCUGACGGUCCUGAAGGCCUCUCUGAAGGACUACCAGGAAGGGGAUGAACACCACAGCCCCAAGGGAUGGCUGCACGGCACCAACGAGCGGACCAAAGAGAAGGGCGACUUCCCCGGGACGUUUGUGGAGUACACUGGGGUGUUGAGGCAGGGGCUGCCCGCCGCCAAGCCCUGGCCCAGACCCGUUCCCCCAACGCCUGGGGGAACACAGAGCAGCGUGGGGCCCGGACCCCAGCCUACAGGGGCUGCUGCAGCAGGAGUUGGGGGGCCAAGGGAAGCCCCAGAGGUGUGUGCUCUGCCUGACCAGGUUCCUGUGGCACUACACAGGCUGAUAGAAGCUCUGGAGAGACAAGGGUUGGAGAGUGAGCCUCUGUACCGGACCACCCCAGCCUCCACCGGACCCCCAGAACUGAGACAAGUUCUAGACACAGAACCAGCGUCAGCGGAUGUGGACGAGUAUGAUCUGGUGGUGUUGUCUGAUAGUCUGAGGGGUUUCCUUCAGGACCUGCCCUCCCCCAUCAUCCCAGCCGUGGUCUACAGUGAACUGAUCUACACCGCCCAAGAGACUCAGAGCGUGGAGGAGUGUGGCGAGAAGCUGAAGAAGAUCCUAGAGUCCCCCAGUGUCCCCCAGGCCAACCACCAGCUCCUGGUGCACCUCACCAGACACUUGGUCAGGGUGGCCCAGAGUGGGGCUCAGAACCAGGCCAGCCCCAGGCUUCUAGGCCAGACCUUCAGUGAGGCCAUCUUCAAACACUCCCACUUCUGUACGGACGUAAACCCAGAACACCACGUGAAGAUCAUGGAGGCCCUGAUUGCAGCCGGGGGACUGGUGGAGAUACAGGCAGCCCCAGCUCUUCCUCCCAAGCCAGCCAAGCCCAUGACUCCAGUGAGCAGCAGCAACGGUGUGAAGGAAGGGGCUGAGGGAUCGCUACAGGAAGCAGAGUGGUACUGGGGAGACAUAUCAAGGGAAGAGGUGAAUGAUAAGCUGAGAGACAUGCCUGAUGGGACAUUCCUAGUUCGGGACGCCUCCACCAAAAUGCAGGGUGACUACACACUAACACUGAGGAAAGGGGGCAACAACAAGUUAAUCAAGAUCUACCACCGGGAUGGGAAGUACGGUUUCUCAGACCCCCUGACGUUUGGUUCUGUUGUGGAGCUGAUCAAUCACUAUAGACAUGAAUCCCUGGCCCAGUACAACACCAAGCUAGACGUCAAACUCAUGUUUCCCAUCUCACACUACCAGCAGGACCAGCUGGUGAAAGAGGACAACAUUGACGCGGUGGGGAAGAAACUCCAAGAAUAUCACAAUCAAUACCAAGAGAAGAGCAAGGAGUACGACCGGCUUUAUGAGGACUACACAAAGACUUCACAGGAGAUUCAGAUGAAGAGGACGGCCAUCGAGGCCUUCAACGAGACCAUCAAGAUCUUUGAGGAGCAGUGUCACACACAGGAACGCUACAGCAAGGACUACAUGGAGCGCUUCCGCCGGGAGGGCAACGACAAGGAGAUUGAGAGGAUCAUGAUGAACUAUGAGAAGCUAAAGUCUCGUCUGGGGGAGAUCCACGACAGUAAGAUUAGUCUGGAGCAGGACCUGAAGACUCAGGCGCUGGACAACAGAGAGACGGACAAGAAGAUGAACAGCCUCAAACCUGACCUCAUCCAGCUCCGCAAGAUCAGGGACCAGUACCUGGUCUGGCUCAAUCACAAAGGAGUGCGUCAGAAACGAAUUAAUGAGUGGCUGGGGAUCAAGAACGAGAACACAGAUGAAGGGUACUUUGUCAGUACAGAGGAGGAUGACAGCCUGCCACACUAUGAUGAAAAGACCUGGUUUGUAGGAGACCUGAACAGAACCCAGUCUGAAGACCUCCUACUGGGCAAACCUGACGGAGCUUUCCUCAUUAGAGAGAGUAGCAAGAAAGGCUGCUAUGCAUGCUCCGUAGUUGUGGAGGGUGAGGUGAAGCACUGUGUGAUUUUCAGCACACCGAAGGGCUACGGCUUCGCUGAACCUUACAACCUUUACAGCUCUCUGAAAGACCUAGUCCUGCACUACCACCAGACCUCCCUGGUCCAGCACAACGACUCCCUCAACGUCUGCCUGGCCUACCCGGUCUACACACAGAUGCCCUCCUCCUCCGGCCCUUCCCCACGAAGAUGAGCCCCCCCCCCCCGCCCAGAACCCCAACAGACUACCCACCCUACCUACCCAGCCCCAGGAGGGAUGAGGGGACAGGGGGAUGGGGUUGGGGGGGUACAGGGGUCAGCCUCAUAAUCCAAACUAGUACCCAGAACCUGAGAAAAACACCUGAGAGAGGGGAAAAAAGCAACAUAAACACUUGCUGCAACACACGUCAGCCACCUUGGAGUUAUAUAUAUUUUUACUAGAACAAUUGGAGGGCAUUCUUUGUAAAGACUGCUUGAUUUGCACAAGGAAGAUUUAAAUGUUUGUGAAUGUGAAAAAAACGUAAGGAAAGGAGAAGAGCUGAGUUUCAGGUGACCUAAACUCCAGCCGGGACUCUUUUACAGAAAAACAGCAUCAUGAAAACACUCCAUUCUGAGGCUUUGUUUCCCGUCGUCCGUCUGUUUGCCCAAAUGAUUCUUUUAUUUCAUUCCUUUUACUUUUUUUUGCAGAGUUUGUUAUCUUAAUUUUUUUUCAUUUGGACAAUUAAUUUUGUUUACUGCUUAUUUGCUAAAUGCAAGAGAUGAUGAUGAUGAUGAUGUCGAGUGUUCUCUGUCCCUCUCCGUAUGAGAAGCAAAAAUAAUGUAGCAUAACAAAUGAAGGACAGUUGUUCAGAGUGUUUCUCCAUAUAGACUGCUGCUGAAGGGUUGG